AUGGCUGCAGCCUGCUUCAGCUGCGGUAGCAAGACGAAGGCAUCGCUGUUUUUAUUGAUCAUCAUCCUUCCGGAUUUGUCGUGCUGUGCGGCAAACGAUGACAGCUUGGCUGAGAGCUAUGACGGCUAUCACAAGUGUGCAGAUACUCGGACAGGGUCGUCUUGCCGAGAAACUCGCAGCCGGAGGCACUGGCCUCACGCUCAGCCCCUAAAGGACGCUCAUUUGCAUGAAGCCGUGGAGCCUGUUCCCAAAGGAUGGAGCAAGGCAAAAGCGUCAAUCCUUCAGCAGGAAAUGCUGGAGUUAGAGCUCUUGUCCGAGUUGUAUCAGCAACGCCUGAGCAUUCUGGAGGACCUCCAGAAGGGUCUGCAAAUGGGGCUGGGAAGACACCUGCCUUCAAUGCACGACCUGUCGCAUCUCAGCGGCGAGACUUCCGGCAAGCCUUGUCCCACAGCUCUGCAGCUUCAUCGCCAAGCAUUCCUCCACGAGGAGAACUCGGCAUUGGAGAUCGCUGCCAUUGCUUGCAAAGGAGUUGGUCUGAGGGCCUUGGCACCCAUCGAGAGCGGCUGCUGCCUGCUCGCAGAGUCCCCGGCUGCUUUGUUGCAGCUUCAAAACAGCAAGAUGGAAUUGCUUGCUUGCCAGCAGUGCCUGUGCCCUUUAAGCACCGCAACGAGUGGAAUCGAUUGCCAGUGUGGAGAGCAGUUUUGCAGCAAAGCGUGCUACGAGAUGGCAAAGCAGCAGGGCCAUGACAGACUGUGCCCGGCACUGCUGGGAUCACAAGGAGCAUCGGCAAUGGAGUCUUUGGUUCACUUGCUCGGAGAUUUACCCAAUGUCGGGGAGGCUUUUCGCCUUGCGGUGAAAUUGCUCGCCAGAGGAAUCACAGAUCUACAGCUAUUGGACCUAUCUGCCGGUUUGGCUGGAGCACCAUGGUGGGAGACUGCAGGCAUAAGCGGCCAUUUUAUUCAAGAAGCUCGGGAUGUCACCCAAGUUGCUUUUGCAUUGCUCCAAACGGUCCUGACUGACUUGCCCACUGAAUUCACAGCAGACGAUUUGGGUGUCCUUGUUGGUCAGCUCCGGAUGAAUGCAGUCGAGGUGCUUGUGCCAGUGGAGGAGCCGCUGCUAGCGUCAGACGUAUGUGGAGCAGCUGCGGUGGAGGGGCUGGCCUUGUAUUUCGUGGCUUCUGCCGUGAACCACAGCUGCCAUCCCAAUUGUGCGUUACAGUCAUGCUUUGCAUGCCCUGGUCUGCGGGGUUGGGCGGUCCUGCAAGCUUUGAGACCCAUCGACGAAGGGGAAGAGGUCACAAUUGCCUACUUGGCCGCACUGCUGAAGACGGACCGGAGACAUGUGAGCGCUUGUUCGAACAGUGGCGGUUUCACUGCAGCUGCGAUUACUGCACAUCUCGA